GAUUCGAUCCCCGACCGCCGGGAUUCGAUCCCCGACCGCCGGGAAUCGCUUCCCUGAGCUCGGCCCGCGCCCCGCAGGAGGAGGGCCGAGGCCAUGGCCGGCGUUUUCCUGCCGGGCAACCUGCAGGACGAGGCGACCUGCUCGGUGUGCCUGGAGUUCUUCCGCGACCCGGUGUCCAUCGAGUGCGGCCACAACUUCUGCCGCCCCUGCAUCGCCAAGAGCUGGCGGGACCUGGACGGCGACUUCCCCUGCCCGCAGUGCCGGGAGGUUUUCCAGCGCCGCAGCUUCCGACCCAACCGGCAGCUCGCCAACAUGGCCGAGAUCAUCGCCCAGUUCGCCCAGCGGGGCCACCAGGGCGGCGCCGAGGCGGCCCCCGGGCAGUGCCCGCGGCACCGCGAGGCCCUCAAGCUCUUCUGCCGCGACGACGGGCGCCCCAUCUGCGUGGUGUGCGACCGCUCCCGCGAGCACCGGCCCCACGCCGUGGUGCCCGUGGACGAGGCGGCCGAGGAGUACAAGGUUGUCCGUCCUGUCCGUCCGUCCGUCCGUCCGUCCUGCCCCCGCUCCACCCCCGCCCGUGGCACCGCUCCCCGAGGGGCUGGUGGCGCUUCCCAACCUCCCGGGGAAACCCGCGGGACUUUGCCGCUCUCCGACACCCUCCCCGGGGGCUGGUGGCGCUUCCCGGCAUUCCCGGAAAUCCCGCAGGACUGUCCGCUGUCCGUCUGUCCGUCCUGCCCCCCCAGACCCUGCUCCCCCUCUCCGUCUGUCCGUCCUGCCCCUCCAGCCCCUUCUCCCCCUCAUGGCAUCCUCCCCAGGGGCUGGUGGCGCUUCCCGGCAUUCCCGGAAAUCCCGGAGGACUGUCCGCUGUCCGUCCGUCUGUCCUGCCCCCCCCGAGGACCGUCCCCUGUCCGUCUGUCCGUCCUGCCCCCCCAGACCCCGCUCCCCCUCGUGGCACCCUCCCCAAGGGGCUGGUGGCGCUUCCCGGUCUUCCGGAAAUCCUGGAGGACUGUCCGCUGUCCGUCCGUCUGUCCUGCCCCCCCAGACCCCGCUCCCCCCGCCUGUCCUCGCUCCCGAGGGGCUGGUGGCGCUUCCCAGCAUUCCAGGAAAUCCCGGAGGACUGUCCGCUGUCCGUCCGUCUGUCCUGCCCCCCCAGAGGACUGUCCGCUGUCCGUCCGUCUGUCCUGCCCCCCCAGACCCUGCUCCCCCUCUCCGUCUGUCCGUCCUGCCCCUCCAGCCCCUUCUCCCCCUCAUGGCACCCUCCCCAGGGGCUGGUGGCGCUUCCCGGUCUUCCAGAAAUCCUGGAGGACUGUCCGCUGUCCGUCCGUCUGUCCUGCCCCCCCCCCAGAGGACUGUCCGCUGUCCGUCUGUCCGUCCUGCUCCCCAGACCCCGCUCCCCCUCGUGGCACCCUCCCCAGGGGCUGGUGGCGCUUCCCAGCAUUCCAGGAAAUCCUGGAGGACUGUCCGCUGUCCGUCCGUCUGUCCUGUACCCCCAGAGGACCGUCCCCUGUCCGUCUGUCCGUCCUGCCCCUCCAGACCCUUCUCCCCCUCAUGGCACCCUCCCCAAGGGGCUGGUGGCGCUUCCCGGCAUUCCCGGAAAUCCCGCAGGACUGUCCGCUGUCCAAAAACAACUCUUGGGUUUGUUCCGGAGGGCUCCGAAAGGCACCGGGAAGGGGGAAAAAACGGGUUUUUGGGGGAAGGGAGCUCAGGGAUUUCACUCCCUCCCCUUCUCUCUUCCCUCUCCAGGACGUGAUGGGCGUCAUCAGCAGGAGCGAGGAGGCGAAGUGCCAGAAGCCCGUCCCGGUGAGCACCGACACCAAGAUUCACGUCUGCAACUUCUCCCUCAAGACCGCGGUGCUGGAGAAGGUCCUGAAGAGGUUCCGAGAGGACCUGACCCUGGACCCCGACUCCGCCAACCACCUGCUGAUCCUCUCGGCCGACCUCAAGAGCGUCCGCAUGGGCUGCCGGAAGCAGGACCUGCCCGACAACCCCAAGCGCUUCGACACCAACUCGCGCGUCCUCGCCUCGCGCGGCUUCCGCUCGGGGCGGCACUACUGGGAGGUGGAGGUGGGGCCCUCGGACGGCUGGGCCUUCGGGGUGGCCCUGGAGUCGGUGCGGAGGAAGGGCCUGACCCAGUUCUCCCCCGAGGAAGGGAUCUGGGCCGUGCAGCAGAACGGGGGCCGCUACUGGGCCGUGACGUCCCCGCAGCGGACGCCGCUGAGCCCCGGCAGGAAGCUGGGCAGGGUCCGGGUCUACCUGGACUACGAGGGCGAGGAGGUGUCGUUCUACGACGCCGAGAGCAUGGAGCACAUCUUCACCUUCCACGUGGCCUUCAGGGAGAGGGUGUUCCCGCUCUUCUCCGUCUGCUCCACCGUCACCUACAUCAAGCUGUGCCCCUGAGGGGGCUCCCGGGGACGAGCUGGAGGGGGGUCGGGGUGGGAAAAUGUCACGGGGAGAGGGUCUGAGGGGCAGAUGAGAGAAGGGAACGGCCGUGGAGACCCCUCGGGAGCCCCCAGAAAUUGUGGCCACCACCCCAUAGGUUGUGGCCACCACCCCAAAGGGGGGGCUCGGGGGGAAAACGUCGCGGGGAGAGGGUCUGAGGGGCAGAUGAGAGAAGGGAACGGCCCUGGAGACCCCUCGGGAACCCCCCAGGAAUUGUGGCCACCCUCCAGGGACCCCCAGGAAUUGUGGCCACCACCCCAAAGGUUGUGGCCACCACCCCAAAAGGGGUGCUCGGGGGGAAAACGUCGCAGGGAGAGGGUCUGUGGGGCAGAUGAGAGCAGGGAACGGCCCUGGAGACCCCUCGGGAGCCCCCCAGGAAUUGUGGCCACCCCCCAGGAACCUCCAGGAAUUGUGGCCACCACCCCAAAGGUUGUGGCCACCACCCCAAAGGGGGUGCUCAGGGGGAAAACGUCGCAGGGAGAGGGUCUGUGGGGCAGCUGAGAGAAGGGAAUGACCAUGGAGAUCCCUCAGGA